ACGGGGCAUUUGGCACGAUGUGCGCAGUAGCAAGUGUGCUCAUGGCAGUCACUUUGAUAUGCACAGCAGUUCAGGGUCUGUCCCCUCCGGGGCCAGAGCUAGAAGACCCAGAGCUGAAGAGCGUAAUAGUUGCCGCCCAGGGGUCGCUCCGAAAGACGUUCUCGGAUCUGGAAUUAGAAGCUGAAAGCGCCAUGGCGUCAGCACGGGAUGUGCUAGAGUCAGCCACUUUCCAUGCGAACCACACGGUGCUGGACUCACAAACACCUCUCAUGGAUCUGUUGGAGUCCAUCACCUCCACAAUCGUCACCGCUGGGUCCAAGGCGAGGCAGUUCGGUACCAACGUCACGUCCUGCAUAUAUGGACAGGAAGAAGCGGCCAGAGCUGUCGUCAGAGAGACGGGUCGCACAAUCGUCGGCUGUGUCACCGCAGAGAUUAAAAAGGCCAUAGAUCUUGCUACAAACAUGUUCAGCGUUGCAAGCUCUGCCAAGAACCUGCUUAACUACGCCCCCAGGGAGCUUCAAGGGUGCCUUCCUUCCAUCAUCCCAACAGUUGAAGAAAUAGUGAAGAUCCCGUCAUGCAUCGGGACAGAGAUCAGUGCCUUCAGUGCUGAAGCUAUGAAGAUUGCUAAGGUUCUGGCUUCUUACGUUACUGAAGGUGAACGCCUAGUGGAAGCGCUGGGAAGCGACCUGAAGAAGUGUUCUCAUUCACAGCUCGAAGUAGGGACUCAAAAAGUGCGAGAAAUUGAAAACAAAAUAAUUACCUGUAUUCAGGGGCAGAUGAGUGCCACCACAACUACCUGAAGUCUAAAACCCUGUUAUUAUCCUAAACACGCGUAGUGAGAAAAUAAAUAGCUUGUUGAUUCAGAA